GGCAGUCAGACCCUAUUUGCAAACUUUCGGUAGAUCUAGGCAGGAGAAAAGAUGGGUUUCAACCAACGUAGAAGCUUCUGCUUGCUCAGGCGAUCUCGCUUCAACCACUUUGGAGAAUCUGUACAAUAGCCUACCAGACACAUCUUAGACGAUGCAAGCAAUGGCCGCACAAUUUCCUCCUCUGUUCGUCGUGGGUCUAGAUGGAUCUUCAGAAGCACCGACCAACGAGGCAUCCACGUUGAUCUUCAAGACACCAGAGUUCGGUUUUUACCACUUUCAGUUUGCUGCGGUUUCGGGGGUAUUUUUCUGAACAUUGCAUUGUUUCGGUCCUUCCAUAUACACCAUAGGGUCAUCGCAACUAGGUCAAACUGAUGUGAGGUUUGUGGGUCCUCUCUCAAUUUAGUUAACCAGUUGUCAAACCGAGUUAGACCCGUUCUUUUGAUACAAAUUUGCAAGGGAUACUCACACCACAGUUGGGAUGUUCAAGGACAGAGCAACAAGGAUUUUAUUUUGCUACUUUACAAAGUGUAAGAUUAAAUCCCAUUCCUGAAACCAAAUAUCCUCACUCCAUCCAAUUCAUUUACCAUUAGGUCACGCCCCCGCUACAUGAUAGCUCUUGUUCAUGAGACUUCACUAUGUAGAGUUCUUGUUCUCAUUACUAGCCCCUGCGCAUAGUGGGGUAUGGGAUUUUUUAUUCGCUAUGAUUGAUUACUUGCUUAAUUAGCAGAUGGUUUUUUUUAGUUUAAGAUUGGGGCAUGGGAGCAAUCGGUACUCUCUAUCUCCUACCUUUUUUCAACUGCAAUUGUCCCAAAACUACAAUUGUCCUAAGAUUAUGAAAUUGUAAAUGUACGUUGCAAAAGUAAGUGUUACUCCCCAACAAGUUCGCUAAGUUAGACUUAACAAAUAGACCUAUUAAAUGAGUGGGUUAGGAUCAGGUUGGGGUUGGGUCAAAAGUGAUCCAAUCCAAAUUUUAACUCAUUUUAACAUAUUUUCAUACAAUACAAAUCUUGUAACCUAUACCGGACUGAUCCAUACUUAAUCCGACUCAUAUCCAACCAGAUUCAUAUUAUUAAAAUAUUUUUAUAUUUAAUUUAAUUUAAGAAAACUCAUACCCAAACUAAUGUGAAAGCACAAAGUGAGCGAGCUCGAAAUAGAGUGGGGCAAAAGAGUGUAAAAAGAGUCAUAUGAGUGGAUUGUAUUUAAGUAAGUUAUAAACCUAUUUAACAGUUAUAUUAAUUCUAUUUAUGAUCCAUAGACUUAGGUUUGAAUAUAUUUAUGACCAAUUUAUCGAAUAUAACUAAUUCAUAAAAAUAGGUUUAUCACCAAUUUUGAUAGAUCUAUUAAAAAUAUAAGGGAGUAGGGCAUGAUUGUAGUUUUUUAGAAGGUCAACAUCGGAAUUUGUAAUUAGAUUGAACAUAAAGUGUAAAUAUCUGUUUUUUUUUUUCUUGAGAGGCUUGAUUUUCGUUGAGUUGGACCUAAUAUUAGAUGGGAGGAGGGCAUGAUAGUAAUUCAGAAGGCCAACACCAGAGUUUGAAAUUAGAUUAUAUAUAAAAUAUAAAUAUAUGUUUUUAUUACGGUAGAUUGGAUCGUAGAACAAAAGACGAGGUCUGACUAUUUGCCAUCCAAUAAGUCAAGACGUUAUUAGCGGAUUUCAUUGCCCAAAAGCUGAAAAAAGGGGAACCGGAAGAGUAAAAGAAACGAAAAUAUUUACGGGAAGGGAAGAUAAAAAGAAAUAAUAAUAAAGCAGAAGAAUUAAAGAGCUGAAGAAGAGGAAGAGGCGGACGAUGAAAACUUCAUGUAAAUGUAAAACACACAGGAAUUCCGAGAACCGGAGCCCGGCAUCGAGGGACCUUAUCUCGUGCAAAAUGUUGAUGUGUCACGCGUUCGGUUCCGGAAUUCCAGAAUCUAAAAUUUUAUUAACGCAUUAUUUUUAUCUUAAAAUAAGAAUCCGAGAGAUGAGGUCUCCGAGCCAAGGAGACCCAUCGCUUUCCGAGGAGGUCCCCCGUGCGCUGUCGCAUCAGCCGUUGUCUAGAAACCCCCCCGUAUAUCACAGUGACAUGAUAAGGGGCUUUUGAACCUUCCCUUCGUGAGGCGUUCUCUCUCUCUCUCUGUGGAGGAAGGGGAGUUGCUUCUCAUGUUUGAUUGGCCUGGCCGCUGCUACAUUCACGAUUCACCUUCACCCCACCAACCCCACCAACCCGCCUCUCUCUCUCUCUCUCUCUCUCUCUCUCUGUGUCUUCAAGCGAUUGAUUGAUUUGUGUGGAGGGAUGCUGUCCUGUUCCAUCUUCUUUUGUCAUCCUUUUGCAGUUCGAUCCCAUUCGAAAUGAUCGAAUCAGAGAUCAAGAUGUGCCUUUUCUUGUCUUGUCACGCUUGGAUCUUUGCUUUUCACCCACCCCCCACAGGGAAAGAAAGGAAGGAUCUUCUUGCGAAACGAGCCUCACCCUCGCGGUCACCCCUUUCUCGGUCCUGAUUCGCGAGGGAAGCGGAGAAAGCGCGCGAGAGUCAUGGGCUCGCUCGCCGUUGCUAAGCCCAUCCCUUUUACCCUCUUGUUCUUCUCCUCGUUCGUCCUCGCCUCGUCGUUGAACGUUGACGACGGCCACGACGAUUCCAUCGUCUCUCGUUUCCGUAAUUCAGCGGCGGUUCCAAUCCCCCAGCCUCCGCCUCCGCCUCCGCCUCCGCCAGGGAAUUUCUCUCCGUUCAAGCCGAGCGUCGCCGUGGCAGUGGGCGUCCUGACGACCAUGUUCUCCAUCAUCUUCCUCCUCCUCCUCUACGCCAAGCACUGCACCCGCCGCGGCGGCGGCGGAGGGUACCCCAGGAGCAACGACGCCGCCGUGGCUUCGUCGUUGGCCGCGGCGGCGAGGAAGAACUCCGGCGUCGACAGGUCGGUGAUCGAGUCCCUGCCCGUCUUCAGAUUCGGGUCCUUACGGGGACAGAAGGACGGGCUCGAGUGCGCCGUCUGCCUGACCCGGUUCGACCCGGCGGAGGUGCUGAGGCUGCUACCCAAGUGCAAGCACGCCUUCCACGUCGAGUGCGUCGACACGUGGCUCGAUGCCCACUCCACCUGCCCCCUCUGCCGCUACCGGGUCGACCCGGAGGAUGUCCUCCUGGUGGGGGACCCCAACGCCUCUCUCGAUUCGCCGGCGACGCGGCGGGACGCUGCGGAGGACGACGAGGAGAAGCACAGCGUCGUCGUGGACGUCGGCGAGGAGGCGGCCGACGGCAACGCGCUGGAAACCCGGCGACUCUCCGGUAGGCACUCUGACGGGGAGAGGGGCGGCAGGCAGAAGAGGCAGAGCGGCGAUGCGGCGGCAGCGACGUUGAGGAGGUCCAUGGACAGCGCUCGCGGCUCGCGGAAGAAGAGCGAGGUCGUGGCCGUCGGAUGCUUCGACCGAGGGCUGAGGAAAGACGCGCUGCUGUUGACCGAAGAUGAGAACGGGACCGCGGCGGUGGACCAGAGGACGAGCGCGGAGGAGCGGAGGAGAUUAGAGCACCGGAUCAUCGUCUCGGGCAAGCAAAAACAUCAGAGGUGGAGCGACGUGCAGCCGUCGGAUCUGCUGUAUCUGCGCUCGGAGAUGAUAAUCAGCGACAGCCGUAGAUUCCCGGGUGGGGCCCGCGGGUCGUCAGGGAAGCAGGAGGAGGGGGAGGGGAGGGUGGCAGGAGCGUAAUUAAUGGGAGAAGCGUGUCGGAAAUCACGGGCAUGAGCAGGUUCAGUAAUAAUGGGAUUCACAUUAACCACGAACGACGAAGACGACAACAGAUGGAGACCGACACGGCCACGGGGCUCGUGUCGAGGUGGUUGGCUUGGAUUUC